GACAUGUGAAACAGAUCGCAGUACAUGCUGAAUAUCUCUUCUCUUCUCUAUUCUCAUAUUCGUUUUCUUCAGCGGUGACAUGGACAAACUCAUUCAUCUGAUCUUACUCUCUGGUCUUCUUUGUGUUUCAGGAAGUUUAGCAGGGAAUUUAGCAUUGAAAGGAACAGCUACACACUCAUCCACAUAUUAUGACUGGGCAGCUCAAAACGCCAUAGAUGGUGUAAAAUACGGAGAUGCGUACUGCUCUUCUACAUCAUCUGAUAGUAACCCAUGGUGGAGGUUGGAUCUCUUGGAUGCUUAUAGCAUUAGUACAGUGAUCAUCACUGCUCAUGACAACUAUUUGGGUGAAACCACUGGAGCAGAGAUCCGUAUUGGACACUCACUGGACAACAAUGGAAACAACAAUCCCAUAUGUGCUGUAACACCUGAUCCUCUACCUGGUAAUACUGUCAGUCUCUCAUGUAAUGGGAUGGAGGGACGUUAUGUGAAUGUGGUCAGGUCUGGACGUACAUCUUAUCUCACUCUGUGUGAAGUGCAGGUCUAUGAAACAGUUUCACACAAGAGAAAAACCUUUCUGAGGCUGAAAUUUUCCUCCAGUGUUGAUGUAGCUGCUGAGAGUGACAAAAUCCUCCAUCAGCUGCAGUCUGCUCUGGCAUCACACAUCUCUGAUUUUAAUCUGUCCUGGACACAACUACCUGAGAAAGAAGAGAAACGAAUGGAGGACAGAGGUCGUUGUGUCAAAACACCUGCCUGAGAGGUACAGAAGAUCUUAUUUCACAGAUUUCAUCGUCCAAGCUGUUAUCACUUCUAUAUGUUUCAGCGUAAAACAAUUUUCACAUAAAAAGAGUUUAUCUGAAAGAGACUGUGGAUAGUUUUGCUUUAAAUUUCAUUUUCAUAAUUCAUUCAUUGAUAACUGUUAGGAUUUAGAGUUUGUAAAGAGGUAUAGAUAAACAAAUUUCAUGGACCACGGUGGGCCCCUAUUCACUAAACAUCUUAUGCACUAGAAGUUCUCCUAAACAGCAGUAAAAGUUUUUAGUUAAGAGUUUUCUUAUGAAACCUAUUCACAACGCAGAAGAGAGCAUCUUUUACCAAGGAGCAGAGAGAACUCUUAAGCUAAGAGAAAGGGCAUUGCAGUGGAGAAAGGGCAAGCUUACUGACUAUGACCACAGUGAUUGGCUGAUAGAGGAUUUUAAAAUAAAAAUGUAGUCAUAUUCAAAUAAGUAUUUUAUUUUUUAAUGCGAUGUUCAAGUUAAGAUUUUGAAAUAUGAGCUAAGUUACUAAUUAAACAAGUAUAUGUUUGAGCUACAAUGUUAUCUUAAACUAUACUGUAUAUUACAAACAUAAUUGUUGUCAAUGUUGACAUAAUGUAUAAGACAAUGUACUCGACAUUGUGAUCCUGUAUAAAACUACAAAUAAAUAAAAAAUUGUUGUGUGAUUUCUAUGAA